UAUUUAAAAAAAAUUAUAGUGAAAUAAAUUUUUAAAAGCAAAAAGUUCUUAUGAGGAGAUAAAUUUAACGUGGACACACAAACUACUCACAUUAUCGUUAUAUUAUUACAAGAACCGCAAUAAAUUAUAUCUUCCAGAGUAGAUUUUAAUCACAAAAAACAAUAUUUUUUUAUUGUUUGCUUGGAGAAUAUCCGGAUUCUUGCGCACUGUGGAAGAAAAAUGGCUUCAAAGCGAGAAGAGAAAAUUUUUAAUAAAAAAUUCUGGAAGGUUUUGGACAAAAAAAUGAAAAAAACUUUAUGAUUAAAAUUAAAAAGUGUUUAAAAACAGAAAAAAUAUGGAGAUAGUGACUCAAAAAUUUAAAAAAUAAUUAUUUUUCAAAAAAAAAAAGCUCCAAAAACUAUCAAAAAGCAAUUUAAAACCAAUAGUUAGUGUUAAAAAAAAAAUAAAAUCUCAUCAUCGUCAUUUUUUUGUGCUCCCAAAAAGUAAUUCAAAAUGACGAUGUGGGGAGGAAUGGGCGGCGGAGGCCCCGGCCGCGAGAACAACGCAUGGAUGAAAAUCAUGGGAAUUGUUCAUACGGGGCCGCAACGGCGUCAGGAUCAGCCGCAGCAUCAAGCGCAAGCAGGCUCCAACGACAAGGCACUUAAUGCGUCUCUACCCAAGUUAAGCAGUCAAGAUGAAGAAGGGGGGGCAGGCGGACAUGGCGGCUUUGGCGGAGGCGUAACGCACUUUGAGCCAAUCCCUCAUGAUCAUGACUUUUGUGAACGAGUUGUUAUUAAUGUUAGCGGUUUAAGGUUUGAAACCCAACUUCGAACGCUUAAUCAAUUUCCAGAUACAUUACUAGGUGAUCCCGAUCGAAGACUUAGGUACUUCGAUCCAUUACGUAAUGAAUAUUUUUUUGAUCGGAAUCGACCGAGUUUUGAUGCUAUUUUAUAUUAUUAUCAAAGCGGCGGUCGACUACGGAGGCCCGUUAAUGUACCUUUAGAUGUAUUUAGUGAAGAAAUUAAAUUUUAUGAAUUAGGCGAAGCAGCGACUAAUAAAUUUAGAGAGGAUGAAGGCUUUAUUAAAGAAGAGGAAAAACCACUACCGGACAAUGAGAAUCAACGUAAGGUGUGGCUGCUGUUCGAGUAUCCCGAGAGUUCACAAGCGGCCAGAAUCGUAGCCAUAAUUAGCGUAUUUGUUAUACUUUUAUCUAUUGUUAUAUUUUGUUUAGAAACAUUACCCGAAUUUAAACAUUAUAAGGUAUUUAAUACCACAACAAAUGGCACAAAGAUCGAGGAAGACGAAGUGCCCGACAUCACAGAUCCGUUCUUCCUAAUAGAAACUAUAUGUAUUGUAUGGUUCACGUUCGAACUUAGCGUCAGGUUCCUUGCUUGUCCGAAUAAAUUAAAUUUCUGCAGGGACGUCAUGAACAUAAUUGACAUAAUCGCCAUCAUUCCUUAUUUCAUAACUUUAGCAACUGUUGUAGCCGAGGAAGAGGAUACGUUAAACCUUCCAAAAGCGCCAGUUAGUCCACAGGACAAGUCAACGAAUCAGGCUAUGUCCUUAGCAAUUUUGCGGGUGAUACGUUUAGUUCGAGUGUUCCGAAUAUUUAAAUUAUCUAGGCAUUCAAAAGGCUUACAAAUCUUAGGAAGAACAUUAAAAGCAUCUAUGCGGGAAUUAGGUUUACUUAUAUUUUUCCUCUUCAUUGGCGUUGUACUCUUCUCAUCGGCUGUUUAUUUUGCGGAAGCAGGAAGUGAGAAUUCGUUCUUCAAGUCCAUACCAGAUGCAUUUUGGUAAUGAAACUCUCCAAUAAUAAUAAUAAUUAAAAUAAUAAAAAAAAAUUAAGAAUUGAAUUAAC